AUGAAAGAGAAUCGGGUGGCAUUUUCUGUGGGUCUAACCGACAAGAGACGCUGUGUUGGUCCAGUGAGGACAACGGCAAUAAAUGUGGUCUAUCAGAGCAUCUUUAUCAACAUUGGAGAAGCCUAUAACUCUACCACUGGUGUGUUUACGGUGCCACAGUCAGGCGUGUACAACCUGGCACUAACUGUGUUCAGCGAUGCAGGGUCACCAGGCACACCACUGGCUGUUUGCACCAGUAUCAGACGGAAUGGUGUGGCACUAGCAGCACUUAGAGAGAUGUAUGUUCAAGACCAGGAAGACCAGGCCACUGCGGUCUUACUCGUGGAGCUCCGCGUUGGGGACCAUGUUUCCGUCAGUCUACAGGCUGGCUGUUGGCUGUGUGAUGAUCAGAACCAUUAUAACACAUUUAGUGGAUUUUUGCUGUAUGCUACAGAGUAGGGCAAACACACAGGCUCUCAUGCUUAUAUCUCACAUGAUUGUGCCUAUGGCAAUUUACAAGAAAGUACAAAGUUUAAUGAAUGGUUUAUGUAAUGCAACCUGUUUUGAACUCACAGAAUAAAUACACUGUCAUGUAAGAAACUUUGGAAUUACAAAAAC